AUGGCUGCGAUCCCAACACCUGUUGAUGAAAAAGUGAAGAAGAAUGACGAACUUGCGACCGCUAUUUUGAAAGAUAAGGCCAAACCCAACCGUUUGAUUGUUGAUCAGUCGAUCAGUGAUGACAAUUCCGUCGUUGGCUUAUCUCAGACAAAGAUGGACGAGUUAAACUUGUUUCGUGGUGACACGGUAAUUUUAAAAGGGAAAAAGCGUAAGGAAACAGUAUGUAUCGUGCUGUCUGACGACACAUGUCCCAAUGAUAAAAUCCGGAUGAAUCGAGUAGUUCGCAAUAAUUUACGCAUACGUUUGGGAGACGUUGUAAGCAUCACUGCAGCUCCCAAUAUCAGUUACGGUAAACGCGUUCACGUACUUCCUAUUGAUGAUACUGUUGUUGGCCUCACGGGUAAUUUGUUCGAAGUUUUUUUAAAACCUUACUUUGUGGAGUCUUAUCGACCGCUUCAUAAAGGAGAUCUUUUUUCGGUUAAUGCGGCCAUGAGAAAUGUUGAAUUCAAGGUUGUGGAAACAGAUCCGUCACCAUCCUGCAUUGUUGCGCCGGAUACAAUUAUUCAUUGUGAGGGUGAACCAAUUAAGCGUGAAGAAGAAGAAGAGAAUGUGGCAGAUGUUGGUUACGACGAUAUUGGUGGUGUUCGCAAGCAGCUUGCUCAAAUUAAAGAAAUGGUUGAGCUUCCUUUGAGACAUCCACAGCUCUUUAAAGCAAUUGGUAUCAAAGUAGGUCUUAUUCAUCACUCUAUCGCAUAGAA